GGGCGUGUUGUAUUGUGGGAUAGUGAAGAUGGCGGAACCAACCCAGGUUGUGUUCUUGGCCGGCCUGGCUCUCUUCGUCAGUUUUGUGACGUGGAGAGACAUGUCCGCACUAGGUAACGUAGCCGCAGACGAAGAUAACGAACCCGUAGGAAAGCUGAAGCACUUCCAAGGGACAAAUCCCGUCCUAAAGUUUACAUUUUGCUAUUCCUGAGGGUACAAGAAUGCUUUCCAGCAGUAUGCCCAGGCCAUCCAGCAGAACUACCCAGAGCUGAGGAUAGAGGGCGCUAAUUAUCCACCUCCAGCCUACAGGCAGUACCUGGCAGGCUUCCUCUCUAUCUUCAAGUUUGUUGUGAUUGGCUGCAUAGUAAGUGGAAAGAACAUCUUCUCCCAGCUCAACAUGGACACACCAAACGCCUGGACUUGGGCACUGGAAAACAAGAUCUAUGCCUGUAUGAUGGUUUUCUUCAUCUCCAAUGCUGUGGAAGGGCAACUUAUGUCAACAGGGGCAUUUGAAAUUACAUUUAAUGAUGUUCCGAUCUGGUCCAAGCUUCAGUCCGGCCGCGUCCCUGCCGGCCAGGAGCUGUUCCAGAUUAUAGACAACCAGAUGAAACUCUUCAACAGCAACAUGAAGCAAACCUUCACAGUCUAGAUGUGUUAUAUGCUUCUCUUCCCCCCUCCUUUGUGCGACUGAUGUCUCCAUAGUGGAAGGCGCUGGGACCAUUUAUGAAAACCUCAGCUGAAAGCAGUUAACCUGUGGGCUGGGGUUGGAUGGCUAGAGUCUCCAGGGUUGGAAACUAUGGGGUGUGGUGCACAAGGAUUACAUACAUUUAGCAUAUAGAUUUUACAUGAUUUCUUAGGGAUUUUUAUUGUCUGUUGGAUCUCGAUAUUGUAGUUUAGAUACAUUGUAGUUUAAAAACAAUAGCAGAAAAUUUGUAGCUAGGUAGGAUAUUGCAGGGAUUAAGGUAAAUUUGUGAUGUUAGUGUACACUGUAUGAACUGAGGCCAGGGUUCUGAAUUUUUUUCUGAUUUUAGGGAAUGAGUUAAGAGUAUUGCCAGAAACUACUUGCAGGUAUGGGAAUACAGGGAUAUGGUCAUGUUUAAUAAUGCAGUUUAAAGUAUGUAAUGUUGAAGAGUGCAUUUACAGACAGAUUUGUAGAUUUCUCUCUAACAUGUUUGUUUUUUAUGUUUGUCUCAUAAGAUAAUUAUGCUUGCACUCAUCUGCCUGGAAAAACUGUUAACCCAAAGAAAGCACAGAUAAUGAUAUGUGGAUCUUCUUACAUGUUGUAUCAGUGGCUUCCCUGGACUUCUUUCUGAACUAAAAUGUAUGUGUUAUGAACUUAUGAAUACCUGUAUCAAGUAAAUUAAAUGAAAGCUGAAAGCAGUAUUACAGGGUUCUCCAAGACUCGAAAACUGAUACAUUUCAAAAUAUUAUGUGUGUGAGCAUUUA